AAUGCCAUGUAUGCCCUCAGGAAAAUUAAGAAGAUAAACCCCAUGAUCACCACCGCCACCUCUAGCAACACUAUCGCCAACAUGCGUGAGGAGGAGCAGAGCUGCACCAACCCUUCAUGUUUCUUUUGCAACAUGAAAGAGCCAGACUCAUCACUCAGGAGAUCGGGAAUAUUAAACUGCUUCAAGGAAAUACCUCUCACAGACAACAGAGAGCAUGUUUUGGUGCUCAGCAGUUUAUGGCAUAUUGCCAUGACUCACCCUGAUGACCCUGAGUUCCCCUCCCUCGGAAUCUUCAGGUGCAUGGCAAAACUAAUCUAUAAAGGUCUUAAUGAUAGGAUUUGGCUUCUUAGGGACCAAAACAUGUACAUACCCUAUUAUGCUGCUCAUGUUAUUGGUUCUUACACUAUGAACAAGGCAGAGUUCGCAGAAAUGGCUGUGGAAUCAGGUGUCAUACCGCCACUGAUGGAGCUUCUACGAGGAAAGAUCAGUUGGGUUGAGCAAAGAGUUGCUGUUCGAGCACUUGGGCACCUCGCUAGCUACGAGAAAACCUUUGAAGCAGUAUCGGUGUAUGAAGAAGAGGUGGUUAAUCUAGCCAUGAAAUUAGCUUCUACUUGCCUGGAAGAGGUGUAUGUUGAGUUUGUUGGAGUGAAGAACAUAGAUAAGAGAUUGAAAUAUCAUCGUGAUUUGCUAACUAGAGGCGUUGGAGAUUCGGAGAUGGAGGACCGGAAGGCUGAAGAAUGGGCAAGCCAACUUCAGUGCUGGUCUAUUUAUCUCCUGAAUUGCUUUGCUUGCAAAGAGAGGUCUUUGAAUCUAAUCUGUAGGCAGAUAUUCUUAAGAGAUUUGUGUGAUAUGUGGGGAGGAUUGGUGAAUCACGCGUCACCUGCUUGGGCUGGACUUGUUAGAAUCUUGUGUUACAGCAAGUAUGGUAGAAAAAGCAUCGCUGAAUCAAAAGAGAUUAUAGAGAAUCUCUGCAAUCUCUCGAGAUCCUCGGAUGAUUGGCAGUAUAUGGGGAUCGACUGUCUACUAUUACUUCUUACAGAUCAAUAUACAAGGUACAGAGUCUUGGAGAAAAUUGCCUUGUUUCUUAUAGAUUUAGCUGAACUUGGAAGCCUUGGAGAUAGAUCAAAUUUAGGUGAAGCAAUCACAAAAGCCCUCCUCUUAGAUUACAAAGAAAGUAAAUUGAAGUUAAAAAACCAGAAAAUUCAGAAAGCUCUGCAAGAUAUAUGGAAUUUCAAAGCAGAAAGGAGGAAGGAGAACCUAAUAUCUGAAGAAACGCUUGAAGAGAGAAGGGUUUUAGUGAAUCUGGUAAAACAAGAAGCAAACCAUGUGUUUUGGUUGGGAGAGAUAGAAGAAGCUCUAGCUAAGUACACUGAAGCCUUGGGCUUAUGCCCCUUGAAGUUAAGAAAAGAGAGAAUGGUGCUACAUAGUAAUAGAGCUCAGUGUCAUUUGCUGCUUAGAGACCCUGAUUCCGCCAUUAGUGACUCCACUCGAGCUCUUUGCCUUUCCAAUCCAGCGAAUUCCCAUAGUAAAAGUCUUUGGAGAAGAUCACAAGCUUAUGACAUGAAAGGGCUGGCCAAAGAGAGCUUGAUGGACUGUAUAAUGUUCAUCAAUGGUUGCAUGAAGGCUGGCACGACCAAGCGCGUGAAGAUCCCAUACUACGCAGCUCGUAUGAUCAGUAAACAGAUGGACGCCACGUGGCUAUUUUCCACUGCCCGGUCAAAGAUAACGAGCAGCAGUCAAGUGAGAAAAGAACAAGAAUCUGACGGUCACCAUGAGAGCAACAAUGAUGAGCUACUACAACAUGGUGAAAUGACGAGGAUGAUGAUGGAGAACAAAGAAUGUUUAUCUGGUCUGUCCACCAUUAUAGAAGAACCUAAUUUGCUCGUCAAAGAAGGGAGUUGGAGAAAAGUGGAUCAAAGGGCAAGGAGAUCAAGCAAAGCAUUUGUAGCUCGAUCAAUGUCGGUCAAGUUCGCAUGAUUAAGUUUGAAGCAAGAUCGAGUGCCUGGCAUCAGAUCAUUCGUCGCAUUUGACAAAAUUUUGAGCAUUACUUAGCUCUGAAAAUGCUUGUAAAAUUUUGUAAAUUUUCGAGUUCCGGACUCCAUAGUACUUAAACUGGAGAGCUGUAGCCUCGAGCAGACAAGCAAGUUACGGAAUGAGUAAGCUAUUUUAAAGUUGC